AUCUGAGUGAAAAUACUUCUGUCAACAGAGUUUGCAAAUAUUGGAAGCUUUUUCCGUCUUCCUUCAAUUAGUUAGUUUCAGGGGUCACUCUAUUGAAGAAGAUGACAGCUAUCCAUUCAGUGGAUUUCAGUGUUAUCGAAUAUCUGCCACGACGGUGCUAUUGUGUAUAUACUUGGCAGUAUUUGGGCUCGCCACAAUGGUAAAUAUUGGCUGAUAUUGCGGGUUUUUCCGCCAUAAUCUGCUUAAACCAUGCUGCAAAGCGGCCUAUAUGGAGGAUUUUGGCUCUCCAGCAUGGAUUGCCAUCUGACAUUGACAACACUGGUUGAUUUUAAAAGGAUUGAUUAAUUGCUGUGUCUUAUAUUUCAUGUUCUCUACAUUUAUCUUAACCUCUAUCAAAAAGAUACUCCAACUCUUACUAUAUACCUAUAUGGUUCAGCUCAAAUAAGGAGAAUGAUUGUUUUUUAUUCUUGUUUUUUUUCCUUCAGAAUCUCUCAUUUAGGAAGAUGUUAAAAAAAGCUACUAUUUAUUUUCUAAGCUUAACCACAUGCGCAUCUGUCAUUAGACCAAUUGUGUUAGUAGUUAGCAAUAGUUCUAAUCCUUUAUCAUAAAAACGCAGAAAUAUGAGAUACUUGAUUCCACUUAUUACUUUAUCAUAAAACAUCAAUAGAAUGUAAGCUGGUUGGCAUUUGGAUGGCAUUUUCCUCUGUAGAGACAAUGCAUGCUUUCCUGCAUUUGCAACAGGUAGAUAAAGUAAAACAUUUCAUCUUGAAAAACUGAAAUAUAACUCAUUUGAAAAGGCUGAAGUACCAACCAUAAAGUAAUGCAAGGGUGCAGUAUAAGCUGUUGGAUUGUUCCCUAAUUCCUGUAAAUAAGGGUAUUAGAUUGUUCCUCGAAUCACAUCAAGUAUUAUUUCAAAAAUUGAAAAGAUUCAGGCCAAGCUAUAUAUAAUUUUAGAGCUGGUCCUGUCUUUCUCUAAGUAUUGCUUAGCAGGUAGAUCUUACCUAGUCAGGGCUAUUUGUCUGUGACCUCUUGAAUUUUUAUGCUCCCUUCAGUAUAUGAGUACCUUCUAUGUAUGUAUUAAGUGCAAAUACAUGAAAUGAUGAAACCUUCGUGGUGAUCAUAAUAUCCAAACUAUAUUUGUUUUUUCAGAUUCUAGGAACUGAUAGGGGUGCCAUUUCAUAUCUGUUGUGUUGCAUCUUAUUUCUCAGGGCAGUCCCUUUACGGCUGUGAAAACUAUGGCAUGAUGGAAAUUUGUUUUGUAUAAUUGAUAAUGAAUGAAUGCCUUCUAAUAUUGGAUCAAAUCCUCGUUAUUUUACAUUUUUUUUCUCGUUUUGAUGAAUGCCUUCUAAUAUUGGAUCAGUGACAAUUUUAAAUUGUAAUAUUUGUUGUUUUUGCAUAUUUCCGCUGUUUAUUCUGGGUUGGAUGGUAGGGGUGUUCAGUUCUGAUUUUUAAGAGAUGUUCAUUUGCCCAUGGCCUUUUUAAUUGACGCAUUAAGAUUUAAGCUGCAAAACCAGCUUACUGUUAGUUAUUGUAUAAAAAUUAGAGUCAUGUUAUUAUCAAAGCUUAUCGACUUGUGUCUCUUUGUGAUGGAACCCUGCUAGUGCGUGAAAUAUUUCAUUUGAGUUCAAGAUUGUUCUCGAUUCCUUCAAAAGGUCUUUGCCCCUAAAGAUCAAUGUAUUUUACUCUAAACCGAAAUUAAAUUUGAUAUGAAAUUGAUUUCAUGCUGUUGUGGGUUAUAUGGAAAAUGGAAUGUAAUAUGUUACAUAUUUCUCAUGCGAAAAGCUUGCUAUUGAGUUGACAUUAUCCCAUUACGAUUUGGCUUUGAAAAAUAUACACUUAAUGGUAAAACUUGUUAGUUCACUAUGAUAUGGCUCGACCUUCAUGGGUUUUCCGUCCCAAAUUGCAAAACCAGGUUUUGAGGGAGUGUAGUUGAUUGAUUCUAUCAGCAGUUAGCUUGUAUAUCAUGAUAAAAACAGAUGUUGGAUAUUUACCUAGUACAAGGUGCCAUUUAAGGCUAAGAAUCAACUACAAUCAUGGCAGGAUCAUCCUCCAAAAUUCCGAUUGAGAUCAUAAGCGAUGAUGAGAUGGCUUUCAUUGAUGCUGCGUUUACUUCUGCCGCCUGUUCUUCAGUCACUACUGCUGCUGCCGUUCCUGCUUUACAUUCACCAGCAUCAGCACCUCGGGUUUGCAGAAAUAGCACAUCUACUCAAUCAGUUACAGCUGACUCCAAGAAAGGGCCAUUCACUUGUUCUGAACCCGACAUUGAAGAUAUUGGCAGUUUUGUAAGUACUAGUAGGAAGAAGAAGUCUAGAGAAGAUGACACGUUACUGCAUCAAUUUAGGAGCAAGAGGGGAUUGUUUGUCACUGAUAUCACCAAGACAGAAUGGUGCGAAAAGCAAAUGGAAUUUUCUCUCUUUUUUGAAGAAUGGAAGAAUCAUGAAGCCAAACCAAAUUCAGCCUUUGUUUAUGGAGGAGGAAGCAGGAAGAGUAAAGCGAUGAGAGCUGGUAAAGAUCGGCACACUCAGCUUGAACAAGAGGUUCUAGAACAAGUGGAAGUAAAUGUAAAGUCAUGCGAAGAUUUUAUGGCACUGAAGCUUGUUAAUUUCAUCAACGGUGUGAAUCAACUGUUGUCCGAAGGACUAACUCGUGAGCUUCCUAUAAUAAGCUUUGAUUUUGCACAAGGUAUAUGGAUAGUUGGAAAGAUCGAUGAAAUUCGGAUGCCUAAUGCGGAAAGUGACCAUAAUCCGGUACUAGUCGAAACAAAGACUCGUUACCGAGAUACAGUUCCUCCAGAAUCAAAAAAAAGAAAUGGAAGGAUUCAACUAAUGUGUUACAAGUAUUUGUGGGACAGUUUAGUUGCUCAUGCAGAUCAUGAUUUCCCUUCUAAACAACUAUUCGAUUAUUUCGAGUUAAAUCCUCGACGUUUCUUAAGCAAAGAUCUGCAAAGAGCAUGUGUUGAUUCCGGAAUCAAAGCCUCAAGACUUUCUGAUUUGGUGGCGUGUUACCAAAAUACGUGUAAGAUGUUAUCCCCUGCUAACGAUAGGCUCGUGUUGAUAUAUGAAUCUCAGAAGGAUCAGUCAGUAUUAGAAGAAGUAGAGUUUAUGUAUGAUGAUGGUUGGAUAAAGAAUGAAAUUAGGAUUUGUGUUGAGUUUUGGACUGGACAAAGAGAAGCUAGUUAUGUUAAUGAGGAAGAUGAAUGGAAAUGUGGUUUCUGUGAUUUUGUUUCUAAGUGUCCUGCUUGUACUGAUGAUUUUGAUUUUUGAGGCACAGAAACCGUUUCAGAAGAUGAUGACUCAAGUGAGGGAUAACAUUUAAUGGAAUAGUCUAAAAGAAUGAACUCUCUGAAUAUCCAACCAUGGAUUCUUGAAAUUUAAUAUUGAUAGUGUGUUAUUAAACAAUUGUCUCAAAAAUAUAAUAGAAAAGUUUAUUUCAUCUUGUUUAUUAUUUUUUUUUGGGCUAAAUGUCCUCCUAAUUUUUUUCUCCAAUAAA